UCUUCGAAGUCCGUCACUACCCUAUUCAUGUCCACACAAUUCCCUCUCACACCCAUUUCAAGUUCAAGCCAUGCAUCCACUCCCCACUCCCCCCUAUCGCCCAUUCCCAUGGCAGCAACACCUUCUGCUGCUCCGCGAAUCAUAUCGUCUUUUCCCUUUCCCAAUCACCAUUCAAGAAUCACCCCUUUCAUCUCUCCACGGAAUUCCAGAAAAAUUCCACUGCUUGCCUCCAAUGGCCUACAAAUCACCAACCCUGCAAACAUCAAACUUCUUGGGCCACACCCCAAGUUCUUGCGAUUGGGUAUUCACAAAUCUCACUCAACUUCCAAAUUCCUUGCCCAUUCAGUGGGAUCAGACGGCAGUAGUAUCACCUCCACAAGCCUUUCAAGCAAGGUGAUUGGCGUUUUCCAUUUGCUAGUUUCACUUGGGCUUAUACUAGCAAUGGAUAAGUACUUGAAACAGGCAUUUGUGGCUGCUGCCAUUAAGUUCCCAAGUGCUCUAUUUGGGAUGUUUUGCACUUUCACCGUUUUAAUAGCUCUUGAUACCGUUCUCCCUGCCGCAGCAACUGGCUUGAUGAACUUCUUUGAGCCUGCACUUUUAUUUAUUCAAAGAUGGCUUCCACUGUUUUAUGUGCCUUCUUUGGUGGUCUUGCCUCUAGCUGUUAAAGACAUUCCAGCUUCUUCAGGGGUGAAGAUUUUUGGCAUUCUAGUUGGAGGCUGGCUAGCUUCACUUUGUGUUGCUGGCUACACAGCUAUUUCAGUAAGAAAGAUGGUAAAGACAGAAAUGAUAGCAGCUGAGCCUAUGUCAAAGCCAUCUCCUUUCUCUUCUUUGGAGGCAUGGACAUGGACUGGAAUUCUCUUGAUAUCAUUUGUUGGGGCACUUUUCUACCCAACAGCUCUUGGCACAAAUGCCAGAACAUGCCUGCCUUUCCUACUCUCGUCUACUGUGUUAGGCUACAUUGUUGGUUCAGGGCUUCCAGCAGCUGUGAAGAAGAUUCUUCAUCCAAUUGUUUCCUGUGCAGUCUCUGCAGUUCUCGCUGCUGCAGCUUUUGGAUACUUUUCUGGCUCUGGACUUGAUCCAGUUUUAGGGUAUUAUCUUACAAAGGCCUCAGCUAAUCCUGGAGCUGGUGACAUUUUAAUGGGAUUUUUGGGAUCAGUUAUCAUCUCCUUUGCUUUCUCAAUGUUCAAACAAAGAAAGCUUGUUAAGCGACAUGCAGCUGAGAUUUUCACCUCUGUCAUAAUUUCUUCAUUAUUUUCUUUGUAUUCUACUGCAUUCAUUGGGCGGCUUGUUGGCUUAGAACCAGAUUUAACAGUAUCUAUUCUACCGCGAUGUAUAACAGUCGCACUUGCUCUAAGCAUUGUUUCUUUCUUUGAAGGUACCAAUUCGUCUCUCACGGCUGCUGUCGUUGUACUAACUGGUCUUGUGGGUGCCAAUUUUGUCCAGACGGUGUUAGAUAGACUUGGCUUCACCGAUCCUAUUGCUCGAGGAAUUGCAACUGCUUCUAGUGCUCAUGGAUUGGGUACAGCAGCAUUGUCGGCCAAGGAACCGGAAGCCCUUCCAUUCUGUGCGAUUGCAUAUGCUCUGACCGGUAUAUUUGGUUCAUUGAUUUGCUCAGUUCCUGCAGUGAGACAGAGCUUAAUUGCAAUAGUUGGUUGAAUAGGAGGGUAAGGUAUUCUUCACAUCUUGGUAUUUAAUUUGCAAGUGAAAUCCUCUUUAUUCCAUUCUCUUACCAAUCUCUCUCUCUAUAUAUAUUUGGUUGAUAUGCAGAGCUAUUUAUUUAGCAACAGUCAGUCUAAUUACAUGUGAGUGGCAUUUUCUUUUGUGUUUUGCAUGUUGUCAAAGACAAGGACAAUGUAUGUAUAUGUAUAUAUAUUUGAAGAUUAGAAGAAUAUGCUUCAAGCUCAGCA